UUCUAAAACAUCAUUAAAGACUCAGUUACAUGCUUGUUUGAACUUACAAAACUCUGUUCUUUGAGAGUGAAUGUGAAAGUUGAUCAUGAAAGGCUUGUUGGAAGAGCAACUACCUCAUCACAAUUCAAACAAUGCAUCAACUUGUGACCAGUCUAAAGAUGAUCAAGAAAUGGGCUCUAGUGCCAUGUCAAAGAGUGGAAAUGUCUUCAGCAACUCAGGCUUUAGCUGCUUUCCACGAGGAAUGGAUCUAAAUCUUGGACGUGUGGCUUUAGCAGAGAUGGUAGGGACUUUCAUUUUGAUGUUUUCAGUAUGUGGGAUCAUAGCAUGCACCCAGCUGUUGAAAGGCGAAGUGGGUCUCCUGGAGUAUGCAGCCACAGCAGGAUUGACAGUGGUGGUUGUGAUUUUCUCAAUAGGGCCUAUCUCUUGUGCGCAUGUUAAUCCUGCUAUCACAAUUGCUUUUGCAAGCUUUGGUCAUUUUCCAUGGUCCAAGGUUCCACUCUAUAUAAUAGCACAAAUAUUGGGUUCUGUAUUGGCAACAUAUGUUGGACAGUCAGUUUAUGGUUUAAAACCAGAAAUUAUGAUCACCAGGCCACUACAAGGUUGCAAUUCUGCCUUCUGGGUGGAGCUCAUUGCAAGUUUUAUAAUCAUGUUCCUAGCUGCAUCAUUGACAUACCAAGCUCAAUCUGUAGGCCACUUGUCUGGCUUUGCUGUUGGAAUAGCCAUUGCACUAGCUGUGUUAAUCACAGGGCCAGUUUCAGGAGGAUCAAUGAAUCCUGCAAGGUCAUUAGGGCCUGCAAUCAUUUCAUGGAAGUUCAAUGACUUAUGGAUAUAUGUAACUGCCCCAGUCAUUGGAGCUGUUACAGGUGCUCUACUGUUUCGUGUUCUGCAUCUUCAAUGCCAGCCAUGUAGUUCAAUGCCUAACCCAUCUAGUUAA